AUGCGUCUUUUAAAGAUACAGAAGGCGGAGCCUAGCGAUCUAGUCGGUGGUUUAAAUGCACCAGAACCUCAAUUGUUAAUUUCGCUUGAGGAGCAUUUCUCUGAUAUCCCGCGCUACGCCAUACUCUCCCAUCGCUGGGGAAAUCCAGCUGAAGAACUAAAGUUCACAGAUGUCAAGGACGGAAUAACUCUUUCAAAGGGUCAAGGGCAUGAAAAGGUGGUAGGCUGCUGUUUACAGGCUUUGGCUGAAGGACUCGAAUACGUGUGGAUCGAUACGUGCUGCAUCGACAAAUCCAGCAGCGCUGAGCUUUCAGAGGCCAUAAACUCUAUGUACAUUUGGUAUCAACAAGCUGUGGUGUGCUAUGCAUAUCUAGAAGAUGUGUCAUUUGCCGACCUGAAUCUCUGGGAUCCCAAGAUAUCUUGUGUGGAAGGUAGUGUUUGGUUUAAACGCGCGUGGACUCUGCAGGAACUCGUCGCACCAGUCGCACUUUCUUUCUUUGCCAAGAACUGGGAAUAUAUCGCUUCAAAGUCAGAAAUGGCGGAAAGAGUCCCCAAAGUCACGAACAUAGCCAUCAGUGUGUUACAAGACGGCCUGUCGAGCGAUAUAAAUGUUGCACAGAUUAUGUCUUAG